AUGCUCUCCAAACUACCAUCCGAAAUCAUCUACCAUAUUGCGACCUUUCUGCCGACUGCUGGUGCACUGGCCCAUCUGGCGCAGACGUGUAAGCGGCUCUAUCACAUCAUCACCGCGGAAAAUGGACGCAUCUUCCGCGCCUUCGUUCAGAGCCAGUUCCCUGCCAUAGAAACCCCUCCGUUCUGGAAAGACGCGGCGCGGGCGCUCACUUCGCGAUCUCGAGCACUGGAUCGACAUGCCAUCAUCGGUCGCUUUGUCGUUCCGCCGGCGGAUGCGAAAACUGUGGGAAUUCCCCAGGCGACCAGGCAUGACAGCCCAACUCUGGGUUACCGCCCUGCAAUAGACUGCUAUGAGGUCUGGACGGGGAACCGCUGGGCGGACAGAAGGGAGGUUCUGGUCUGGGGUGCUGCUGCUGAGCUGCUCAUGCGGAUCAGGAAGUCUGGCGAUCGCAUCGAGGAGCAAUGGUUGCGGUUCAACGACCUUGAUCACAUCAGCAGCCACGACGAUAUCCGCGGCGUGUAUUUGCUGAGACCAGAUCAUCCAAGCAAGGAGGCUGAUAAAGAGCAUCUCAUUUACGGUCGAGCACGUGGCGAUCUCGUCCAUGUCGCCAUCUCGCCCGACGACGCUGUUUACGAACACAAGCAAACCUUCGUCACCAACCGGACGGAAAUCGACAGGAUCGACUUUAGCACGGGUCCAGGGUCGAUGCUCGCUGUCCAUUCCUACAAUGGCCCUAUUUCGCUCUUCCACACCACGACUGGAGCUGCAGAGGUCCACCCAUUUGCUGUUUUGACGCCAGACCCAGAAACCAGAGCCCCGCUCAACCUCCCCAAGUUCCUGUCCUCUGAUCGAAUUGCCGUUGGCACAGGCCGUCUGUCGCAGUCAAUUGUGAUCUUCGAUGUGACCAAUGACAAGGUUUUGAGACACCGUGAGCUCACCUUUGACGAGCCCCCUCGCCACGGGCUAGACUGGAUGACCCGGAAGGCGAUGAGAGUGAGCGCGAUUGCGCCUUUCAAUCCUGCCGGUGGCUCUCCAGGAGAUGUAUUUCUCGCUGGAUGGGGUGAUCGCAGGGUCAGUAACGUGAAGUCCUACAGGCUCCACGACCUUCGCUCACCGAAAUCAUACGAACGAGAAUUUAUGGACACGAUAGACAACAAUCCAAUUUACUGCAUUCAGCCUUUUGGCCACGAUCGCUUCCUCGUGGGAGCAGGAGCCGACGCAAUUGUCAAAAUCUUUGACCUCCGCAUGCAAAACACCUACAGCUACAUGGAUACGAAUCUGUCUACUUCUUCAUCGAGCCAAAACAAUAAUGUAGGCUCGACAUCGCCUGAGACAAAGGCUCAAGAGAAUGGAAUGAGGGCUACUACUCCAAGAACAGCUGCUGUUCCUGGCCGAGACUUCUCGUUCUUUAUUUCUCACCACCCACCGACUACCUCUGGUAGACGCACCCACCACGCCUACCGCGGUCCUAUCUACGCCAUGUCCUCACCCUCCCCGUCCUCGUCAACGAUCUAUACCGGCAUCGUCGACGGCAUCGUGCGCCUGGAUUUCGCUUCUACGGACGACCUGACCGGCAGCAACAGCGAGUGGUACCGCGAAAACCUGGCCCUCGGUCUUGACACCAUGAAUAACAACAGCAGUAGCAACAACAACAACAACAGCAACAACAACAACGGAUCCGCAGGACACUACCGCGGAGAGAAGAUCCUAGAGCUAUCGGGGUACGAGCGCCCCAGUCCAGAAAACAUGAGCGCCAGCGCGAAGCUUCGGACGCAAAAGCCCUUCUGGGAUGUGACGGAGAAAGACGUGCUGACAGAACAAGAGACUGGCUGGGAUCGGCGCUGGAGGAGGUUGGAUGAAGGGGGAUUCUGGAGGAGACGGUUGUGA